AAUAGAGAUCUUAGAGAGAGAGAGAACUUUAUAGGUUUCUCUCUUUGGUUCUUUCUUUCUUUCUGUCGCUGUUCCUUCUUUAUAUUUAAUCAAAAAGCUUAAACUUAGUUUAAUUUUUUUGUAAUGGUGCAUGUUAUGAUGCUCUGUUGUGGGUUCUUCUUGGUUUCUUUCAACUCUUAAUUUCUCUCACAAAGCAAAUGAAUAAAUGAGGUCUGCAUUUGUAAUUGCGAAAUUUACUGCAAUUUUUUCCAUCUCCUGCAAACAUCUUGGGAUUUUUUCCAACAAUUAAUACAAUUUCUGGCCUAAAUUUAAACUCAUCUUCUACCAAUCCUUCAAUUCCAUUCAAUCCUCUCUACUUUCAUUGUUUCUCUCUCUCUCUCUCUCUCUCUCUCUCUCUCUCUCUCUCUCUCUUUCUCUCUGUACUUCUUUAUACCUUCCACCCCUCCCCAUAAAAUAAAUUUAGUUUUAAAGAAUACCCAUCUCUCUCUCUCUUAAUCUCUCUCCUUGCAAUUCUCUUAUAUAUAACAUGACCUUACGACUCCAACAACAACAACAACCACUCUUUCAACAGCAACAAAAACAAGUUCAUGUUGUUGGUGCUAGUAGUGCUGAGUUCAACUCUGGUUCACCCCUAAAAUCUCUUCCUUCCUCGCCUCAAUAUUCACACCUUUCUUCUAUACCUGUGGAAUUAGAAGAACCUUAUCCUCUACCUUUAGGUUGCCAAAGGUUUUUGGAUCUCAAGAGUGGUGAGAUCUACUAUAAGAAGGAAGGACAAGAAAAGCGUUUACUAAACAGAGAAAGUAGAAGAAUGAGUCGACACGGAAAGGGUCCAAGGUUAGAUUUGAAACUCAACUUAUCACCACCUAGGGUGAACAAUAUCACUAACCCAAGACAAGUUGAAUCACCAAAUCAUAAUCAUCGGUCAGGUAAUUCAUCACCAACUUCACCACCGAGUUCAUGCGUUUCAUCAGAGAACAGUAAUGAUGAUACCCUUCGAUAUUCAAGCAGUCCUGAAGCUACUUCAAUGGUUUUAGUUGGUUGUCCUCGUUGUCUUAUGUAUGUCAUGUUAUCUGAAGAAGAUCCAAAAUGUCCCAAAUGCAAAAGCACUGUUUUGCUUGAUUUCCUCCAUGACAACACCACCAAGAAAACAAGAAACUUCAACAACACCAACUAAGUUUAGAUAUUUAGCUUAAAAAACCAUGCUGACAUCCAUGCAUGGUUCCUAGAUAGUAGUUGAUUUGACUACUAUUGUUCCUUCUUCCUCUUCUUCUCUCUCUCUCUCUAUUUCUACUCUGUUAUUAGGUUCUACUCUUGUCUUUUUUGGGUCUUGGAGAGGUUGCUACUUCUUUUAUGUUUUCUUUUUUCUUCUAAUUAAGUUUCUAUGAUAGAAUAUCAGUAUAGAUAGUGGGUCUUUUUUUUUUUUUUUUCUUUUGAUCAGAUUAUAGUUUCUAAGUCUUAAGAGUCUGUUUCUCUGUUUUCUACUCCUCUUUAGCUGUAAACAUUUGUAGAAUGAAACUGACUUGAACUGC